CAAACACCCUGUAUAUGCAGGGGUAGUCAAUGCAACUGAACGCGUAUUGAUCAUUGUUGCUGGCAGUUGGCGUUUUGUCUUUUUAUUUACAGCUUUUUUGCAGUUUUUAUCGGAUCUUUCAGAUGAAACUGUGGUGGUGCAACUUCAGCAAAGAUCAAAAGAUGGGAGAUAUUCUGACUGGGUGGCAACAGGGUGCCAAAUUGAAAAUUCCCGAUUGGAAACUCCCGAGAAACUUGGACUGGAAAACGUUGCAAUCGUAUGUUAAGGAAAUUGCCAACGGCUUGAAAAACCGCGGAUCAGCUCCACCAGCCGUGCAAAAGCCGCGGGUUCACAUGAAGUUUCCCUACACCUUCAGUGCCCAAAUCGCCCAGUUUCCCUAUAAAUUCUACUACAAAAACAACUGGAUUGUUCGGACGUACCCAUGGGGGUUUGCUCUGGCUCUGCCCAUUUUUUGGUACAUGGAUCGCAAGG